CAGGUGUCCAUCUUGUGGAUACCACACCUAAAUUUUUAAGAAAAAUGCUGAAGCAAACUUCAAAUCAAAUCACUGAAUGGGACUGGAAAUUUCGGGUCAUGCUUCUACAAUAUAUAUUGACUGAUAUGGACUUUGAUGAUUUGGAAAAUAUUCCUCUUCUGCCACUAAACAAUGGCGAAUGGACUACAUUUUCAAGAUUUAGUCAGCCUAUUUACAUAUGUAGAAGAGAGGAAGCUGGGGCAUUGUUGGGCAUGGAUGGUGAAAUUCUCUUCGUGGAUUUGCCAUCAUCACUGAUGGAGAAGUUACAAAGUGCUGCAUCUUUUGGUACAAAUCAGCUGUGUAUAUUUAAUGCAAAUGAACACUGUGCAACAUUACUUGGAAAAAGUACAACUUAUGUACAAAGAGCUAGAUUAAGCACAAAGCAGGUGAAGUCUUGGUUACAAUUGGUUUGGAGCCUCCUCCAGAAUGUGCGGCUAGAAUAUGUUGAUAAUCUUAGUCUAGUACCUACUUCCAGAGACUUUGACUCAGCAGCACUCAUACCCUUGUCAUCAGCCAUUGUGAAACAAAACUAUGAUGGUCAUCUAUCUCAAGCAUGCAUAGACAUCCUCAGUCUUCUUAAUGUGCAAGUCAUCCAUGAACUCCCAAGUUUUGUUGCCCAUUUCCAGUUGCCCAGCUACUUCACAAGGUCAGAUGCUGAAGGGGUGACCCAAGUCCUUAACAAAAUAGCUAAUGAGUAUGAUUUAGACCGCCUAAAGAUUGCUGUUAAUUCAAAACUCUCAGAGGCACAUAUUGAUGCCCUUUGUCAAGUUCUGGAUAUGAGCAGAAUACAAGGUAAUCUUAAAACUUUACUUAAAGGUCUCAAACUCUUUAGAGGUGCAUAUAAUACCAACUGUGUCUUUUAUACAAGCAUUGACAUCUGUCAGAAAAUAGUGCCUGCAAACACCAACUUUCCUUUUGCAUUUCCUGAGACCCUGAUUAUGCCUGUAAAUGAGCCCAGGCGUCAGCUUGCAAUGGUAUUGGGUGCUAUGCCUCUUCUUCCUGAAGAUUUGUAUUUGCUUGCCUUUGAAUCAACUCAAGUACAUGGACGGGAUUACUUCAAUACACUUAUUGAAUAUGCAUUAAACAAUUCACUACUUUUGAAUGAUACAAGAGUGAGAAAAAAACUCCAAGAGAGUAGGUUUGUUUCCACAGAAGGGCAGAGAUAUCUGCUACCAUGUGAAACUUAUGAUCCAGAGGAUUCUGAAAGACAAGCAUUACUUGGGGAAGAUCUAUACCCAUCACAAACUUUUCAGAAGCAUCUCCCAAUACUCCGUGAACUUGGACUUCAGACUGUUCAGAGUAUGCCUAGAAAAGACCUCAUUGCCAUUGGAAGGCGACUGCAAAGUGCACAGCUAACAAAAGAGGAUAAAAUGAAGAAAGCUUCAUCACUAUUCAUGGCGAUUAAUCGUAGACAGGACUGUAGGAUGUUGUGCCAUGCAUUAAUGGAUAUUCCUUGUAUAUAUGGUGUGUCUACGAAACCAGAAAGAUAUCCAAAAAAUCUCCGAUGGGAAACUAGCCUAGAUUUAAUCACACCUAGAGCUGCUAAAUGUGAGAUGUUCAAAGAUAUUUGUGGCUCAGUAAUACCUUUGGUCUCAUGCAGUCAUAUCCCACAUGUUGCAGAGGCCUUUGGCUGGAAGCAUGAGCCCAAUGUUGAACAGGUAGUAAAUCACCUACAAAACAUAAUCAACUCAUACCAAGCAUCUGAAUUUGAAUACAUACAGUUGAUAAAGAACACAUAUAGACAUCUUGCACAACAUUUUACAAGUAGUACUCUCAUUACAUUACAGUCUCUACCAUCGGUAUUUACAGAAUAUGGUUUCAAGAGACCCAAAGAAGUUUACACUUCAGUAAAUGAGGGAGAUAUAAAAUUGCUACCAUACCUUUAUCCACUACCAUUUGACUUGCGUGAACACUCAGGCUUUUUCAUGGUUCUUGGUUGCUUUGAGAGUCAGACUACAGAAUUAUUUGUAUUUUUACUUGGGGAGAUCCAAAACAGACAUGUAGUAGGGGAAGAAGUAAACCCUGAAGUUGACAGACGUUUGGUAAUAUCUAUCCUUAGAAAAUUGCAGGACAAUAUAAAAGACAUAGAUCCUUCUCAAUUAUUGCUUCCCAUUGAAACAGAGGAUGGAAGUUUGAGACUCAUUGAGAUUGGGAAAUGCUCAUACUCAAGUGAGGCAUGUGAAUGGUUGGACAGUGAAGAAUUGUCAGUAAGUAUUGUACACAGAGAUGUGGGGGCCUCACUGGCAGAAUCUUUAGGUGUAGAGUCAUUAAGUAAGCAUAUGCUGGCAGGUGAGGAAGCUUUCAUGGAGUGGGGGCAGUAUGAGCCUCUCACCACUCGCCUACACAACCUCCUGCGUCAGUAUCGAGAUGGAUUAGCUGUCUUUAAGGAGAUGGUGCAAAAUGCAGAUGAUGCUGGUGCUAGAACAGUAUCGUUUCUCUAUGACGAGCGUCUAAAUAAAGAUGCUCGUACAAGGCUAAUAAAUGCAAAAUUGCAGGAAUGUCAGGGCCCCGCUCUGUGGGUCUAUAAUGAUGCUAACUUUACAGAAGUAGACUUUGAAAAUCUCCGAAAACUAGGGGCUGCAACAAAGGAACAUCAACCUACCAAAAUAGGCAAGUUUGGUCUUGGAUUUUCAUCAGUGUACAAUCUGACUGAUGUUCCAAGUUUUGUAAGUGGAACCAGUUAUGUUAUAUUUGACCCUCAUCUUUCAUAUGUGGAAGGAAAAAAUCAGACUCCUGGUGUUAGAUAUAACUUUGCAAAGGAGAAAAAUUCUGUCAUGCUUAAAAAACUCAGUGGGCAAUUUAAGCCAUUUAAAGAAGUAUUUGGUUGUGAUAUUCAAAAUGUAGGCAGUUAUGAUGGCACAUUGUUUCGCCUCCCAUUGAGAACUCCACAGCAAGCAGUAGUGAGUGAUAUAUGUAAAACAAGUUACCAAAGGGCAGAGAUGAUUGAGCUUUUGAAAAAGUUUAGUGAUAUCAUUGGAGAAAUUCUACUUUUCACACAGAAUGUCAAAGAAAUAAAAGUAUUUCACUUGAAGGAGAAUGCAUUAUUACCAGAGGAUAAAGUUUUACUAAUGGAGAGUUCAAGAAAAGAAAAGGAAAAGACAAGAAUACAGCAAGAUAUGCUUGUUGGGGUUUCAUCAGCAGAAAGUAUUAUGGAGUGUGUAGGAAAAUUAUUCCGUGAAGAUCACACCUGGAAGCAAGAAGAAUUCCACCAGAACAUUGUAUUAAACAUAACUGUGACACAUACAGCAGAUGCAGCAAAAUUAUGCAACAUAAGACAUAAUACCAGUGCUGUCACCUGGUUUACCUCUUGGCAUACAGGUCAUGGCGAUUCCUGCAGACUUGCAGAAAAACUGAGUGGAAAGGCCCUACCUGUUGGAGCCGUGGCAGCACCCCUGCAGAAAGCAGGAAAUUCAUGGCAACCUAUAGAGCUAGACAAACUUCCACAUGGAUUUUAUAAGAAGAGUCACAUGCAUUGUUUCUUGCCACUGCCAGUUUCAAGUUCCUUAAUGGUUCAGAUCAAUGGCUUUUUCGAAGUAGCAUCUGACAGGACAUCCCUCUGUACAAGAACUGAAGAUGACCGCAUUAGCUCGCAGGACUGGAACACCACUCUGAUAAGGGAUGCAGUGACAGCUGCCUACCAUACCCUUCUAACUACUAUCCGCUUGAAAGGUCUUGAUCAAAAUUGCAAGUACUAUACUUUAUGGCCACUCUGUGAAGAAGUGCAUGAUAGCCUUGCAUCUAAACUUUCACAGUCUUUUUACAAAUUGAUUGUGGAAAAUAACUUGACAGUGUUUCGUGAUGAGAGUUUGUGGUUGCCAUUUUCUAAAUGCUUAUUUCUAGAAGAAAGUAUCCACCAAACAAAAUCAAUUGGUAAAUAUGCAUUUAACUUCAUGAGAAACAUAUUAGAAGCAUCAUUGAAGAUUGUUGAAUUACCAGAGAGGAUUUCUUCUGGUUUUGCUCAUGAAAAUAUUUCACGUAAGAUUAUUACUCCAGAACAAUUUUUUGAAUGCUUCUUCAUUCCUAACAUGAGAAAGCAGUUUGUAAAAGGACAACGGAAAAAUUUGACAUUGUAUGCUUUAGAUCAUUACCCGGGUAUUGCCCAAAAAAAGGGAGAGAUUUUUUACAUUGCAACUACCCCAAAUGGAAAUCUGAAAAAGGUACAUGAGCUCAUUCUGCCAAACUCUGACAUUGCUCCACUGUAUGAAGUCUCAGAUGAAAGGUUCCCUGAGGAAGUUUUCUUGAAUAGUGGUCACCGUAGAGAUAUUCUGAAAGAUCUUGGUAUUAUGACGUCAAAGAUCACAAUAGAAAUGAUAUGUGAAAGAGCACAGACUGUAAAGGAUUUAGCUUGCACAAUGUGUGGAAUUCAGAGGGCUUCACACAUUCUAAAAUAUUUGAAUACUAACGACAAUAUCUGCAAAGAAAUCAAGGACAUUAGCUUUUUGCCAGUCAUGCCCAAACCUGAGGAGUGGAUUGUUAGCUGGAGAGGUGAAUCUUUCCCCCCUAAACUCUCAACAGCUUGUAAAAAACACAGACAAAAAAGUACAUCUACCUGCAGUAUAUCUUUUUCAAAACCAGAAUCAAUGUGUUGUGAAGAAAUUAGGUCAUUAGCUGGUAGCACACAUGCAAUUCUUGAUAAGUCAAUUCCAUUUUGGGUUGGCAAAAGUUUGGUUUGGAAAUCCUUAGGCAUGAUUACUAAUGAGAAAGAUUUGCCAAGUGAGAUAGCCAUCAACCAGCUGAAUAUCUUCAGGGAAGAAUUAAAAGAUAACUGGUCAAGAAUUGGAGAGCAGUGUCAUCAGAUUUACAAGUACCUAGAUAAGUGCAUAAUAGAUAAUGAUUUAGAUGUGGCAAACAUGACUGACCAAAAAAUACUCUUAACUAAAUUUGGUUUUAUUGAGCCCAACCGCUUUAUAUGCACAAGCAAUGAAAAUUGUGCUCCUGAUCUCUUCUCUGUAGAAACAGAAAAUCUUAGCCAAUACAAACACCUGAUGAAUGCUCUCAACAUUAAGAAACAUUUUCAUCCCAAAACUGUAUUUGAAAUUUUGCUUUCCAAAAAAGGAAAACACAAAACGACCAGAUUAUCUAAUGAAGAGGUGUGUCAGAUUUCAAGGCUCCUUCAUCUGCUGUUCAAUGAAAUGGCUUGUUACCCAAAUUCAGAAGAAGAAAUAGAUCUCUCCCAACUUCACCUUCCAGACUCUGAUGGACGCCUGGUACCUUUAGGGCAACUUUGCAUUGAUGACAAUGCAAUGCUCAGUUCAGGCAAAUUUAAGUAUCUAAAUGAGAAAUUUUCUCUCACACAAAACUUUAUUGAUAGACUGGGCCUUAAAACAAAAUCCAGGAAACGUCUAGAGGAAUCAUGCAAUCGCUUAGCAUUUGGACAACAUGAAUUGCUUACAACAAGAUUAAGGAACAUCUUGAAGGAAUACCCAUGUGAUAGUGGAAUAAUGAAAGAGCUGUUGCAAAAUGCUGAUGAUGCUGGAGCAAGUGAAAUUUCUUUUAUCAAAGAUUUUCGCCAUCAUUCUGACAAGAAAAUACUUGACAAAUCACUUGCUCCUCUGCAAGGACCUGCACUUUGUGUAUACAAUAAUAAAUGUUUCCAGGAAAAGGAUAUAAAAGGCAUACAAAAUCUUGGUGACAGUAGCAAAGAAAAGGAUCCAGCAAGUACAGGGCAAUAUGGUAUUGGCUUCAAUGCUGUGUACCACCUCACAGACGCACCAUCAUUCCUCACACGUGGACCAGAUACCCUGUAUGGAGAAGACCAAAGAGAAACAUUGUGUUUGUUUGAUCCUCAUUGUUGGUAUGAUCCUUUGGCAACAAAAGAGUACCCAGGGGCUCAGUAUGUAAACUUAGAUAAUUUAAGGAAGGAUUACCCCGACUCUUUUUCAGGAUACUUGGAUGGAAUGAUUCUAAAAGAAGAAGGCACUGUGUUUCGGCUUCCUUUAAGAACUCGUACAGACUCAGAUAUAUCAAAUACUGUCAUGACCCCUUCAGAAUUAGAAGAGAAAAUUGAGGAAUUUAAAGAGGAAAUGAGAAUGUGCCUGUUGUUCUUAAGAAGUGUUCGGAAAAUUUCCAUCAAACACAUUAAAGAGAAUGGAGAGUGUGUUGAAGAAUACUGUGUUGACGCAUGUAUAACAGAUGAAGAUGAAAAUAUGAUCAGAGAACUGAGAAAUUAUAUGUCACAGAGAAGACAAAGUAUCACAAACAAAGAUAACUUGAAUGAUUAUUUUCUUAAUAUGAUGAGAAUAUCGUAUAAGAUGGAGGUGAAGGAUAACCUUGCAUUACAUGAUCACUGGUAUGUAACCCAGCAACUUGGUGCUGAAAGCAGUCAGUGUUUACCCUCAGAGGAAAUACAACAAGAAUUUCUGGUGGGUUCAUUCAAUCUCCUCCCUCAUGCAGGAAUUGCUAUAUUGCUAGAUUCCACUUCUAAAAUAAACAGUGAGCAAAUGGCCACAUCUUGUUAUCUACCUUUGCCUGCUAAAUCAGGUUUGCCUUUUAGUGUUAAUGGGCAUUUGAUUUUAAACAGUUCACGACGAGACCUGUGGACAGGAAAUGACUUGAAGCAUAUGUGGAAUGAAUGGCUCAUGAAAGAAGUCAUGAUUCCGGCUGCUAUUCAGACAGUUUCCCUUUGCAAAGAGUUGAUUUUCUGUGGUAUCAAAGAGACAGUUGCAUAUGGUGUCUAUAAAAAGAAAGCUCGUAAAUUUUAUUGUAUUUUACCAAAUCCAACUAAGAUUAAUGACAAGUGGAAGAAAUUCUCACAGUGGUUUUUGGAAUAUGUAGACAAGCAUCAGAUUUCCAUAUUUAAUGUUUUCACUCCACACACAGAUAUAUCUACUUCAGAUGACUGCAAAUAUGGAAUUGUUGCUCGAUGUAGGAAUUUCUUUACUAAUCCUAAAGAAACAUUCGGCCACCAACAGAGAAAUCAAGCCUUAGAAGAAUUAGUAGGGACACUAACUUGGCAUUCACUUACAAAAGAUGGAGACCAGUUUCCUCUUUAUUUUUCAAAUGACACUCCUUACAAUCUUUUGAAUUCUCUCAAGAGACUGGGAAUGAAAAUUGGCACCAGGACAAUGGAACAAAGGUUAAAAGGUGCAAAAGUUAGUUACUUCAGUGUGACACCUGAUGUUGUCCUUGGAUUCUUUUUAUCAUGGACCAGUCAACACCCCGACAGAUGUAAGUUAAAUGUAGAAAACCACAUUGAAACAACCCCAAUUUUGUCAGAUAAAAAUGCUUGUGAGAUUUUAAGUUACCUCUUUCUAUCAGAAAAAUUUGCACAAGAGAUGAAUAAUUUUCCCAUGCUGUUAACUCAGGACCAUUAUUUACAUGUUUUCAGUGAAGUAGAACCAGUUUUCAUAUCAAGUUACAGUGACUUGCUGCCACACUCAAGACAUGAAUUUUUACAUGACAAAAUGGUAAAGAAAGUUUGGUCAUUUCAUAAACAGAGUCUACCGUCAGUUCUCAGGCCAUUUUCAGUUUCAGAUCUUGCUGAAAGAAUAGAGACAGUGUUAGACCAGUCAUUUAAAAACACUGAUAUAAUGAAACUUUCUGUAGUUGAUGGGUUAACAGAAGAAUGGCUUAAAAGAUUGUGGUACUUUGUACAUGAAGACAUUAAACAAAAUUUCAGUUCAAAUGAUAAUGAAGUUGAUUGGGAGAGAGGAAAGAUGAAUCUGCUGGCCAUGCUAGGAGACUGGCCAUUAUAUCCCAUCACUGUAAAUAACACGUCACAUUUUAUCCCAAUUAAAAAUGCUUAUUGUGUCUUACAGACAGACAAAUCCAGUGACAGUUUUAAUCAGUUGCCCAUUCCACGCCCACAUAAUGAAUUUGAUAUCCCCAUUGAGCUUGGACUCGCAGCAACAUUGGAUAAUCCAGAAGCAGUGUUAAGGGCACUGCAUUUUCACAGAGAUAAAAUUGGUGCAAGUGCUGCAUUAAGAAACAGAUCUCAAAAUAUCAGGAUCUUAGAAUACUUUGGUGAGAAGAUAAACAAGCAACACAGACUCUGCCGAGAACAACUACGAUCCCUUCCCUUAUAUGAAAAUAUCAGUGGUAAAUAUGAAAGUGUAACAGAUAAAGAGAUUAUUGUUCCUGUGACCACAAAUAUUAAAGCAGAGAAUUUCAAGCACUUCAUUGAAGGGAAUGGCAUAGCAUUAUUGAAAGCUACAACAUCCGAGACUUUGAAGAACUUGUACAUCUAUCUUGAUUCAUCAUGCAUAAUGGAAGACCUAGAAAUCUAUAGCCAGUAUGUCCUACCUAAUCUGAAAGACAUGGAUUCAGAGGAGAGGGUCAAGCAUCUAAAGUUUCUUAGAGGUGAACUAGAGAAAAUAAGAUAUAGUCAAGAGUCAUCAUGGCCAACUAAAGAGAGGAAUGUUAUUACUCAGCUAAGAGUUACCCCCUUCAUCCCAUUGGGUGGUUCACUACAGACAGCAGACCAUUUUUAUGACCCCUUAAAUGCAGUUUUUGAAGUGAUGGGUCUUUGCAACUUGCCAAAUGAAUGGUGUGCAUUGGAAUGGCAGUGGUUUUUAAAGCUGGUAGGAAUGAAACAUGAAAUAUCGAGUAAAAUGUAUUUGAAGUAUAUAAAGUCAUUGUCAAUAACUGAUCCUAAUGUUGAAGUCAAGUCAACAACACUUGUGGAGCAUUUAUUUUCAAACCAUAAAGAGUUGGAAGAUUCAUUUUGUGAAAUCAGAGACAUUGAGUUUAUUGUUCCAUUUAAAAGCCAGUUUUGUGAAAGUAUCUCAUCCCAUUAUGAGACUAGCUCUGGCUUAACGUCUUUCUCUAAAUCUUACCCCACAACCUUAGGAAAUUUAGUAUGGACUUCAGCUUGUCUCUUACCAUAUUUUGCUCUACCACAUGACAAAGAAUUGAAAGAAAAGCUAAACAUUUCAAGUACUCCUUCAGAGAACACAGUUUUCAAUCAUAUAAGAAACAUUUGCACUGAACUACAGAAGAACAGCAAAUCUGAAGAGAAAGUGUCUAAAGUCAUGGCUGAUGUAUAUGAAUAUCUCAUGAAAGCUAAUAAUGAUGCUUUACUUGAGAAGAUUGUAUGUGCUGAAAUUCCUGUGAUUCACAUUCCACACCUAAAGACUUUUGUGACUACAAAUUUAGUUGUAUUAUCUUUGGAUUGUAGUUUAGCCCCAUAUUUAUAUAAGGCACCAACAAAGUAUGGACUAUAUUUUCCUGUUUUUGAAAGAAUGGGUGUACAAGCAGAAGUAACUAAUAACACAUAUGCAAAAGCAUUGAACAUGAUAGGCAUGAAUAGCCAAAAUAAUGUUUUAAACCCAGAGGAGUUUAGAUGUGUCAAAACAACAUUGAAUGGUAUGUUGAGAGAUAGGUGGAAUUUAAAAGAUAUUGAGGUUUGUGAAUUGUUUUUACCAACCAGUGAUAGGAAACUUUCAUUAUCCUCAUGCAUGUAUGUUGCAGACACUCUAGAGCUUGAAAGAGCAUUAUGGAGAACUUUGGAUAAACCAUUACUAAUGAAUUUUGAGUGCUUAAAAAAUUAUUCUGCAACAAAUGUAGACUUUGUUAAACUUCUACCAGAGAGACUACGCCCCACAUUUUUGUCUUCUGUAGUAAAACAAGAAUUUAAAGAACAUGGAAUAAACUUGGUCAACAGCCAGAUUGUUAGAGAGGUUCUAAGUGGUUUGGAAACACAAGAGUUCAAGACAGCUGUCUUAAGGGUAUUUAAUCAUGCCAGUCAAGACAAACUUUGCAAGGAGAAAGAAAAAGAAAUACUAGACAAGCUUGAAUGUGUUUCUUUGAAAACAGUAGCAGAAAUUACGGUAGACCUCAAAUUUCAAGGGCAGGUAAUAGGAUCAAAGACUUACACUUAUGGAUAUCAUCUUGAUGAUUAUGUCAAAAAUGAAAUAAGAAAUAUUAUAAUAUACUUAUGCCAAACCGGUGAAGAGAAAUUCCUGUUACUUGGUCUGUCUUGUGCAUUUCGGAGACUCCUUGGAUAUACAGGUGAUACCAAUGAACAUAUGAUGGCAAUAUUCAUGUCUCUUCAAGAGCCAAGUGAAAUCCAUCAGCUCUUGGACAGGAAAGGUAUUAAGGCAUCUGCUAAUUCCCAAGUUGAAGACAGUGUCCGCAUGUAUAAAUCUGAUGUUGGUUCUUAUCUCCAUGUAGACUUUAUACAUUUACUGGACAAUGAACUAUAUUCCUUCCAUGAGGGGGAACUGGUGUGCAUGAAAAAGUAUAUCCAUGGAGAAUUAUUAGACCGUGAAGAAGAUAUUUUCAUCAUCGUGCAAGUAAAAAGACGAGUCACAAGUUUUGACAACCCAAUACAUGAUAUGAAUGAAGUAAGUGACACUGGAUCAGAAGCUGAACCUCUCUUAACUGUGAAAGCUUACAAGUUGUACAAAUUUAUAAGAAAAGCAACAGUUUGUAGAGAUAUUGUCCCAAAGGAUUCUGUACCAGAGGAAGAUGACGAAGAUGCAGUCAUGAAAAAUGUUAGGAUGCAGGUAAUAGAGAUAUGGAAGGUUGAAGAUCCAAGCAAUAGAAAACACCUGCUGCGUCGACUAAUGCUCAAAUGGCAUCCAGAUAAAAACCCUGAAAAAGUGGAGUUAGCAACCCGAGUCAUGCAGUAUAUCCAAUCCCUCUUGAGCCGCCUGGAAUGCGGAGAAAUAAUACCAGAGGAUGACGAUCAUAAUACUUUUCCAAGUAGACAGCCCAGUUCAUUCUACGAGGACAUCUUCCGCUCUCCUCCUAGUUAUUACAGAGAGCCCAGGAGUUCAAGCAGUGGUACAUCCUCUUUCAGCUACUCCAGAGGCCCCUCAUCCUCAUCACACAGAAACCAGGAAAGAACAAGGAUGCCAGACAAGCCGGAAGCCCACAAGUGGUUAAAACAAGCAGAUCACGAUCUAAAAGAAGCUGAGAGGCGAGGGGAUGGAUCCAGCUGCUGGAUCACCUAUAUGUGUCAUCAGGCAGCCGAGAAAGUCCUGAAAGCAGCUCUAUACCUGGAGGACAGAGACGCGGCGCAGAGUUAUCAAAGUGGCUCACAGUGCCAUUCCCUGACUGCAGUGGCACAGCAACUGUCUUGUAGCAGUAUCUUGAGCUUGGCAAGGGAUAUGGAAUGUCAUGUUGGCCAUCAUACCUACAUGAGAUACCCAACAAGCUUAGGAGUCCCAUGUGAUCGCUAUGCCCAACAUGAUGCUGAAUUUAUGCUGGAGAAAGCAGUGACCUUAUGAAAAAUUGAAGCUAGGUUCCCAUCCCUGUGAUUACUUUAUUAGUAUAAAGCUCCAAAUUAAAAUCAUACAUUAUAGGACUUUUCCAUCACCAUGCCUUUCUAGAAAGUGCUCUACAUAUUUCACAUCACAGGAGAAAAUGUAUUAAAGUGUUUAUUUCUACUUAUAAUGUUAGCUAUAACUUCAGAGAUUUCAAAACCUGAUUAUUUUGUAAAGAGUAUAUACUUUCACAUGCUAUGGUAGUUUAGUUCCCCCUUUUUUUCAACAUUAGAUGGAUUAGGAAUAACAUUUAUGUUAGUUGUGAGUGUUCUGGGAUUUCCAAGAGUGAUUAUUCAAAUAUUUUACAUACCAUGUUAGAUUUAUGCCCUACAACAUACAUGGUUCAAAUCCAAUCCCGAACACACGAAAAUAUGUUUUUCAUUGUUUAGGUUAAGUUUAUGAACUUUAUUGGCAAGACCUCUGUCCUUGACUUCACGUUUUGCAUCAUUGAUUUAUCCUAUGAGUAGUUUUUAUGUAUUCCUUUGAAUCCCUCAAUGCAAGAGGGUGGCUUAUAUAGUGUUACAUGAAUAGACAUUGCAAGAUUUAUAUUUUACUUAGUUCUACAGUGUGAAUAUACAACUGGGUAACAUUUCUCAAUAUUUUUGUUGGCAAGAUGCAUUCCUAUUUAGUUAUCUUUAGUUUUAGUGUCUGUGUUUCAAAUUGUAUUUUUAUGUCUUUAUUGUUUAUACAAGUGAAUUUCCAUAUACAAAGUAUCUAUAUUUAUAGAGGACGGCUGUAUUUUAUUUUUGAAAAUUUUCAAACGUUAACAGUUGAUUUGUAUACAUUUUAUUGAAAAUAAAAUU